UUACUCAAAUAAUAUUCAGACAUGGUUGACAUCGAACUACAACCGAACUACGGUGGAUGAACCCGAGCCAACGGUUGCCAGCCAAGAAGAUGAUGAGAGGAGGAGGAGAAGACGACAACCACUGCAAUCAUCGGCUGUGGUCUGCUCUGCGAGAUGUAUGCAUUGCUGACAAUGUCGUCAUAGCCGAGGAAGGGAAAACUCCAUCCACGCGCCAUCCUCUUCAUCAGUCCGCUGACCGUCCUGGGGAAGGAAGAUGACGGCGAUGACGUCACCGCACUCACAUGUCAACUCCAUUUCCACUCUCCUCUUCACUCCUAUCUCCCCUCGUCCUCGUCACGGAUUCCAGAGCCUCCGUCGGGGUCAAACCCAGGGGAAGAGAUCUCAUCUGCUUCACUCAACAUCUUCGUCGUGUAGUACCCUCUCUUUUGGCUUCUGGAACUCAUUCCGGCUCAGAAUGUCGUCGGAGCCUCUGCCUCCUCUCCCCGAGCGCCGAAUCGUCCAGGUGGGACUGGGAAUGCUGUCGGUGGAUUUCUUGGCGACGGUGGCUUCUUUUCCCAAGCCCGACGACAAGAUUCGCAGCACCAGCUUGAAGGUUCAAGGAGGUGGGAACUCGGGGAAUGCUUUGACUUGUGUGGCUCGUCUCGGGUUAUCCCCAAGGCUCAUUUCGAAGGUUGCCGAUGAUAGCCAAGGCCAGAGCAUCAUAGAAGAACUGGAAGCUGACGGUGUAGACACUUCUUAUAUUGUGGUUUCCAAGGAGGGCAACUCACCAUUCACUUAUCUAAUCAUCGAUGAGCAAACGAAAACCCGCACUUGUAUACACCAACCUGGCUACCCUCUAGCGCCAGAUGAAGUUUCUUCAUCAAAUUUGUUAUCUGCUCUCGAUGGAGCUAGAAUUCUGUACUUUGAUGGGAGAUUUCCUGAUACUGCUUUGGAAGUUGCCAAAGAGGCUACGAGCAGGAACAUUCCGAUCUUAAUCGAUGCAGAGAGGCUACGGGAAGGGCUGGACGAUCUCCUUGAUUUGGCAGACUACGCAGUUUGCUCUGCAAAAUUUCCACAGGCAUGGACUGAAGCACCAUCUAUUCCAACUGCCCUUCUUUCGAUGCUGUUGAGAUUACCAAAACUGAAGUUUGUGAUUGUGACAUUGGGGGAAGAGGGAUGCGUAAUGCUCGAGAGAACUUCUGAUGAUCCUCAGCUUGAAGAAGUUGAUGUGGACAACUUGUUAGACUUGCUGAAGCAGAGGAAGGAUGAUGGAGCAAUGGUCCCGACCUGUGUCUCAUCGGCAAUCACAAAGUUGAGAGCAGAUGGUAUUGGGACAGUAACUGGAAGGUUGAUCCUAGGGACUGCCGAGAAGAUCCCACCUUCAGAACUUGUAGAUACAACUGGAGCUGGGGAUGCAUUUAUUGGAGCAACUAUAUAUGCUAUUUGCGCUGAAAUGCCCCCGGAGAAAAUGCUGCCAUUUGCAGCUCAAGUGGUAAUUGAACGAAAGUCCUGCACUCAGCGUUUGAUCAAGAAUGGUCUGUUCAAUUCUUGCCUCUGGCUUUUGAAUCAAUUUGGUUGUCAUUUUACUUCAGGCUGCUGCCAACUGUCGAGCUUUAGGGGCUCGGGCUGGUCUUCCCCGGCGAUCGGACCCACGCAUGGUACCCUUUUUAAGUUAAAACUUCUAAAGGUAACCAGAUUUAAUUACACCAGAACUGGCCAGUCAAAAGGAUCUCCCGAUGGGCACAAGGCCACCUACCUGAGCAUGCAUCGGCCUUUAGAAAGAAAUAAAAUAAAAUAAAAGUGUGGAGGAUAAAAGAGGAAUCCUCGAAAGCCGAUAUUAGUAUUGUUCCAUGUGUAGCUAAAGCUAGUAUUUCGAACAGCUGAGUUCAUCUGGUUGAUAUUGUAACAGAGGCUAAUGAAGUGGGCUUAGGGUUCUUUUUUGAUGGUGGCCUCAUUUCUGUAUGAUAACCGGCUUGUUUCAGUGUAAUGAUAAUCAAGGUUGUUAAUGUUGGAAAUCAACACUAGUUUUUUAAGGAAAUGUGAGAAGAAUAUACGAUAAGAUGGAGGAUGUAAUAGUUUGCUUGCUUCUACCCCCCUGUUUCCAAUGUAAUUACCUUAGCACCCUUCUUCAUUUCAUAUUGCCGAUUCCUUUGGCCACCUUCUGAACCGUUGUAAGACGGGAGUCUUCGUCGGUAAGCCAAUGUGUGGAUUUAAAUGUUGCUUGUUUUCCAAUU